CAUAUCCAUAUUCCUUCAUGAUUGAGGUUAACUAUGCACUGCAAACCCCAUAUGCUAUUACUUUACAUUUUCAACGGCACCCUAGCCUCUUAAUAAUCUCAAACAGAUUUUGUACUGUUACUAAUUUAACACAUCCAUAAAAAGUCAUUAAAAAAAUUUAGACGCUAAAUUCUCUUUCAAGGUUGCUAAGCUUCACCAGUGUAUUAAAAUUAUUUUUAAAAUUUCACGGACUAAGGUAUUUGGUACAUUCAAUUCCACCUUUACCAACAAAAGCCUUCACCACUAAGAUGAGGAAAGCAUCCUUUUCAUUUUCUACAGUGAAAAGGGCGAAAAAAAAAAAAAAAAGGCCAACUGCUUGCAUGCAGGUCUGCAUAUAACACAGCAGUCUCUGGCAAAGCCAGUAACUCACGUUCAACUUCAGAAAUCCUGGUGGACGGCAACACAUGAGUAAUCUGUGCGCACAACCCUGGGCUUGACAUACCACUUCCUCCGCCCUCCCUUCCCAUCAAUCCACCCCCAAAACCCCAACCCACCAAGCACACGGCUAAAUAUGUCUUCCCCAAGAGAGCCAGAAACCUCGAAAACGCCGAAAAAGAGCUCCCCUUGGAAGGAAAGGGCCUGCCCUUCCCAGUCUGGGGCCCCGGCUGGCUCGACGAGCCUCUCUCCGAGGAGGCCCAAAUCUCGACGCCUCGCACGUCCAGCCCCGCCCCGGGCCCGCUCGCGUCCCCUCGGGCGACAAAACCCUCCCGCCGGCGCUCAGCCAGGACUGACAGUUAAGGCUGCAGCAGCCGCGGCCACCAGGGGCCUACUUCUGGCACCAGCCCCUCCGGACCACGCGCCCCCAAACACUCGCCUCGGCGGCGGGGGGCGGGGAAGCGGGGCGCCGACCUCGCCACCGCGGGCCCCGAAGGCCGGCCGAGUGACGGAGGGGAGCCAGCGCCGCCUGGCGCAGGCCGCGGCAACACUGACCUGUCGUCGCCCCCGCGCCUGGGCUGCGGCGGCCGCCUCACUGAUCGUCGUCGCCCUCGCCCGCCGCCUCCGCCCGCCACCGCCUCGUUCCCUUUCGCUGCCGCCACCGCCGGGGCUCAUGCGGGACCCGCGCUUCCUUAUCCGGAAAACGAGGCCGGGAAAGGGGGCGCCGGAGCCGCCGAAAUUCCGGCGUUCGUCGCCAGCCGCCUCUGCCUGUCCACACCGGGGGGCUGCGGGGCCCUCCUGCCAGGGGCUACAGGCCGCGAGCUAUUCCGAGGAGGAGCCGAAGAAGGCGCCGCCGCCCGCAGCCGAGCGCGCCAGGUCGGCAGAGGUGAAGCGUAAGUAGGCGGCGGAUGGCGGGCGCCCGGGCUGGCGGAUGGCUACGCGACGGCGGGGUGCGCGAGCGAGCGAAGCCUGGUGUGUCGGGUCCUGGCGAAGGGAAAAGGCCCUGUCGUCUCCUGUAGUCACCCCGAGCCCAGCGCCACCAUCUUGGGAGAAACACGGAUCUCGCGGCCGCGGCGCAAGACGGGAGGACUGGCUGGGCGGGCCGAGUAUCCCGGCAGGCAGCGCGCGCCGCCCGGCCGGGCGAGGGCUCCAGGCCGGGACGCGGGGACGUGGGGCGGGGCCAAGACGCGCGGGAGGGCGCCGCGCUCCGCCCCUCCUUCCCUCACCGGCUCCGCCUCCCUCCCGCUUGCCGUCGCCGCCGGCGCACGGGCCAUUGGGAAGAGGAGGUGGCUGGCGGCCCCUCGGAGUCCCACCAGGGUCGGUCGCCAUCUUGCGACUGGACAGAAAGGGUAAUCCGUCCUUUUAGUUUGUGCUGUCUGUGACCCGAAAGAAUAAACCUGGUACAUCCGGAAGCCCUCUGGGCACCCCCCAGGAGGGUUGCAGAGCCCCUUGGUGUACCCAGCCGAGGAACACCUCCGACUGUGUUGGGAGACGAAUGGCUCCGAAAGUCAGCUGAAACCGCAGGAAUAGCCCCCAGCCCCGAGGCGGGGCAGGUGCCUGGCGUUAUUAGCUUUUCCACCCCAACCCUUUUUUAUCUGGAGCUGUCUUUAUAGGUGUUGCAGGGGUGCCCCGAGAGUGCAGGCCAGAUUUUAGAGGACCAAGGUCAUCUGCUUAGGCCUCUUGCCAACACGGGAUGUGUCAACUAGUUUACCGGAGACAAAGGUGUGUUUUUCCCAGAAAAACAACUUUGUAUCUACUAAGUGAACAGUGAUUUCUUCAGACUUUUCUUGUCAAAAUGAGACCCAGUGGUUUCUAAUAAUUUUCUCAUUUCAAGUGUACAGUAAAAAGAACAAUUUAAUUUUAUAAACAUCUGCAUCAAUGCCUUGAGCAAACUUUGAGCUAAUGUUUACCCAGAACUAUUUGUGUGUCAUACGUUGGACUACUUGAACUACUAUUUAUGUUCCAGACCUUGGGAAACAAUAAAAGAUGAACAGUCUCUAUCUCUGCCCUCAAGAACUUGCGGUUCAAGAGGAAGUCACACCUGUAAGAUUGGACACUUUUUCAGAGUAACCCAACACUUCAUUGAUCAUGGGGGAUACCUACUAACAUGUAUCUGAUAAUACUAACAAACUUUUUAUUUUAUUAUUAUUAUUUUUUUGAGACGGAGUCUCACUCUGUCGCCCACGCUGGAGUGCAGUGGUGCAAUCUUGGCUCAUUGCAAGCUCCGCCUCCCGGGUUCAUGCCAUUCUCCUUCCUCAGCCUCCCUAGUAGCUGGGACUACAAGCACCUACCACCAGGCCAGGCUAAUUUUUUGUAUUUUUAGUAAAGGUGGGGUUUCACCGUGUUAGCCAGAAUGGUCUCGAUCUCCGGACCUCGUGAUCCGCCUGCCUCAGCCUCCCAAAGUGCUGGGAUUAUAGGCGUGAGUCACUGCAUCGGGCCAACAAACUUUUUUUCAAAGGAAACAUUUUGCCCUGAAUUGCUGGUGAAGUUGUUUUUUGACAGAGCUGUUUUAUUGCUGAAGAUUUCUUAUUGAUGCCAGUCAUAGCAGAUGAAUCAAAAUGCAAAAACAACUUUUUUUACUGCUCAGCAUGCCCCAGGAUCAGAAGUAAGUCAAGAGCGUGGAAGAGACAAAAUUCAGAUAUGCUGGGAUAGAAGUCAUUGUUGCUAUUUUUAGGCCACAUCUGAAUGUUACACACUCAACCUUUGAAAAACGCUAAGCUUUCAAUAUAUGAAUAGCUUCCAUUAUUUAAGAAAUACUGUUAAGCAAGCUUAGCUCCAUGAAGAACACUCUUCUGGCAUAUAAAGUGCUCAAUAAAUGUUAGUGCUUAGUAGUGGUGGUGGUGGUGGUGGUGGUGGUGGUGGUUGUGGUGUGUGUAUCAUUGUUUAGUAUUGUACACAGCAGGCAUGAACUCCUACAUACCCCCCCACCCUUAUCCCUACAGACCUGUCUAAAUUUGCAUUCUUUCUGACCUCGAGUCUUAAGGUAGAAGCCAUCCUUCUGUCCUUUCUACAGGUAAUUUUUAUUUCUUGAGGGAAGGGAAAUUGACUCAAGACUCUUACUCCCUUAAUCAUUCCCUCUCCUGUUCAUAAAUUCUCCCUCUACUUUGUUCCUUCUAUUUAGAAAAACUGUCUAUACUUGGAUUGCUAUUACCUUCCAAAUUCCUCUUCAGCUACAGAAAUUUAGCAGCUCCCUCCAUUUUACUGUAUACAUUGCUUGUGUCAAUUUCACUAUGGCCUAAUGGCCAAAUUGAAAGGUUGCUUCUCAAUUUUCACAACAUCUGACCUCUCCGCAGCCUUCCACACUGCUAACCACUGCCUCCUGGAAACUGCUCCUUUGGUUCUGUCACCUUACAUUCUCUGCUCUUCUGCCGUGUCUUCGGCCGCGCUUUCUCAGGUCUCCUGUACAGAAUCUUCCCUCCCCAUCCUUGGUUCUCUUUGCUACCAUGUUAUAAUCUUUGAACAGUACCUUUUACAUAUACUCUUCUGUCACUUAUUUUGGUCAGGAAUCAAGCCUGAAUCUUGAACACAGACCUCAGUCAGAAGCACCAGACACAGAAUCUUCAACUCCUUAUUGGAAACCUGUACUGGGUGUUCUACAGGCACCUCAAGCUCAACAUGUGUAACAUUAAACCCCUGAGUUUGUUCUGUUUUCCACCAUGGACUGAGUUGUGAUAACAGUGCAAAGGAGCAGGUUUUGGGAGAACAAGCAGGAAUUUAGUUUUGGUAAUGUUAAAUUUGAGAUACCUGUUGGAUAUCUGUUGUACAAACUGCUUGCUAGCUGACUCUUAUGUAUUCUCCUCUUCAUUCAUGAUAAUAGAACAUCUAGCCAGACACAUAGUUGCCUAUAAUACACCCUAAGUGUGGCCAUAUCUCUUAAGUUCUGGCCAGUAGGAUGUGAGAAGAAAUGAUGUAUGCAACUUCCAGAUCAUUUUCUAAAAGGAAUUGGGUGUCACUUGCCCUUUCUUUUGUCCUUUUCUGAUGAAUGUAUGUAUUAAAUAGUUGGGGUAGUAAACUAUGUUGGAAGAUGCUGUGGUUUGAAUGAUGGUGUCCCCUUCAAAAUUCAUGUUGAAACUUAAUCCCCAUUGUGAUGAUAUUAGCAGCUGAUUAAAUCAUGAGGGCCCUGCCUCAUGGAUGGAUUAAGUACCCUUGUGAAAGGACUGGAGGGAACUAGCUUAGACCUUCUUUUGCCCUUCCAUCCCUUUAGCCACACGAGGACACAGCAUUCAUCCCCUCCAGAGGAUAUAGCAAUAAGGUCCCACCUUGGAAACAGCAGCUCUCACCAGACACUGAAACUGCUGGGGGUCUUGAUCUUGUACUUCCCAGCCUUUAGAACUGUGAAAAAGUAUGUUUCUGUUUUUUACAAAUUUUCCAGUCUCAGGUAUUUUGUUAUAGCAGCAUAAACAGACUAAGACACUGGGAAACAUUCUAGGGAUUGCAGAGCAACAAGGUGGGGCCCUGAGGACUUCAUUGAGCAAGUCCUGUGAACCAGGUCAACUCUGGUGUAAGACAACUAACUUCUGUGAUCUCCCAUGGUUAUUCUAAGUCCCUUUAACUGCAGCUGACCUUGUGUCUCAGUAUCCAAGCAAAGAUAUCAGGAGGCAGUUGCAUGUGGAAGUCUAGAGUUAGAGAAGAAUGAAACCAACUCAUGUUGCAUUCUUUGACUUGAUUGGUGACUCUACCAUCUAUGGCGGUCCCCAAUAAUAAUAAUGGUAGUAAUCCUAGAUUUCUUCCUCUCCCUCACUCUCCUGGCAAUUAAGAGGCAAAGUUGUAUCUCUCCAAAGAAUAGGCCUUAGAAUUAGUGAAGCAAAGUGGCUGAGAGCACAGGCUCCCAAUUUACAAGUGCAGAGAUUCCAGGCAAGAUUGUAAACCCCUUUCUGAUUUAGUUUCCUCAUCUAUAAAAUGGAGUUGUAGGGAUUAAGUGUUAAUAUACAUAAAGCUGUUACAAUAAUGCUGGGCACAUAGUACAACUCAACAAAGGCAGGCUACCCCCGGCCCCCACCCCCGCCAUGCAAAUCCCAGUUCUUCUAGUUACCAGAAAUCCAACCUUGAGUACCUCAAUUGAUAUCUGUUUCUUCUUUGGGAAAGUGGGAAAAAAUAAUAGUACCAUCCUCAUAGGACCAUUAUAAUCCUUCAUUCAUCCAUUCGUAUUUAUUGAAUGGAUAUGUGCCGGCUCUGUUCUCAGUGCUGAGAAUACAGCAAUGAACAAAAACAGUCUACCCUCAUGGAGUUUGUGAUCCAUGGAGGAAGAAAACCAACACAUAUGUGUUAUGUCAGAAUAUGAUACGUUAAGGAGAAAUAUAAAGCAAGGCAAAGGGAAUAGGGAAUGCUACAGGAGUUCUGUCAUGCCGAGUGGCCAGAGAAGGUCUUAUUGAAAAGAAUUCAUUUAAUCAGAGGCUUGACAGAAGUGAGGAAUGAACUGUGGGAAUAUAAAGGGAAGAACCUUCUAGACAGAGAGGGCCCUGAAGCAGAAAGGUGCCUAGAGUCAUCUAGGAACAGCUAGCAAGGCACUGUGGCUAGAGAGAGAAAGAGGAGUUGAAGGUGAGCUCAGAGAGGUCACAGUGGGUCACAGCCUGGAGGACUUCGUAGCUUUUCCUAAGAACUUAGGUAUUUGUGCUGAAGGAGGUGGGAAGCCUCUGGAAGGGUUUGAGAGAGUUAUGAUAAGAGCUAUAGAAAAACUCUAGCUACUGUGUGGAGAAUGGACAAAGAUAGUGCAUAUGAAGUGUUUAGUGCCUGACACAUGGGAAGUGUUCAGUAAAUGGUGGUAAUGUUAUCAUCAUCAUUAUCAUAACGUCCAUUUCCUUCUAUUUCCGCUGCUACUACCUUAAUUUAGACCCUUAGUGUUUAGACCCGUAGUGUUUCUGCACUAGGCUGUAAGUUCCAGAAGGGUAAGAUCAUAUUACCUAAUUCACUAUUUUAACCCCAACAUUCAUAGAGUGCUGGUUCAUAUUCUACUACUUUCCUGCCAAGUGUCCUCAUCACAGUAUGUUUUCUUAAGAAACAUGUAUUGUCACCUUGCUGCCUUUCUUUACUCUAUCAGUGGCUCACCAUGGCCUUCUGAAUAAUGUCUAAACUCCAAAAACAGGGCCCAUUGAAUGUGGUCCCUGCCUCCAUUCCAGCCCCAUCUCCCACUUCCCACAUGAAUAUAUUGCUUAGGCAGUAUGACUUACACUUGAGAGUCAUUCGGAGCUCUUUUGCAUGCAGUUUAUUCUACCUUUUAGAUAAGUUCAAGCUCCUCCUCUGAGAAGCCUUUCAGAUCUUCUCAAGCAGGGUCAUUGCUUAUGCCUCUGUGUGCCUUCUACACACUCGAUGUAUGUGCUUAGCACUUCUGUCUUCCCUUAAGCUCCUUGAGAGAGGAGAGCACCCUUGACUUCUUGUGUCCUCAGUAUCUAUCGCAACGGCUAAAACCUGGUAACUCCUCAAAAAAGGUUUGAAUGAGUGAAUCAGGCUUUAUGAGCGUAAAAGUUAAGAACUGAGACCAGCAUGUCUAAUAGAGGACCCCUUUACUGAGCUAACAUGUAAUAAAGUAGUGUAUCUUUGAAUGUUUCAUUUUUCAGCUAUGUCAAGUAGAGAUACAAGGUGCAUUGGUGCCUGCGUAUACAAUUCAGUGGGAACAGAAAAAUCAGGCAAAUGAAAUAAAUGUAAGAAAUCUUAACUUCUUGUCACUUCCAAUAAAUACACAACAAUAAAGUAUUUUAAUUAGAACCUUGGUAUAUGAAGUAUAAAAUUAAGAUAUUGAACAAGAUGAUCUAUGAAGUCCUUCUAAAGCUAUGACUUUUUCAACCACCAAUUUCACUAAUUGCCUCUAUAGGCAAGACUACACAAGAAGUUACUGGAGCAAAAACCUGGAAGUCUAUCAAAUCAUGCUUUGACCUUGGUCAUCCCAAUCUUUUUGUGCCUGUCUUAACCCAGCUGGAGAGUAGGUGGAAAAGGGAAGCAUUUCAUUGAACACCAGCUGCUGCUGCUGCUAAUCUGAGCUGUUCUGAAUAAAACAGUUCCACUUGAAUCAAUGAAGCAGCCCUUAGAAAUGUUUCCUUCUGACAUGUGCAUCAUUCGAGUUAUUUGAAGUCAUUCACACUAUAAUCCAUAUCUCUAAUUCCAUUUUAAAUACAUAUACUGAUUCGAACAUGGACUCUAACAAAAUGAUUUUUAAAUCUAAGGAAAUGCAUUGAUUAAAUUAAAUCUUAGUAUUAAAGAUGGUACAGACAUUCUACACUUACUGUUUUUGUUCAGAAUCUCUCAACUCAAAAAAACAUCUGAUUAGGGAAGAAUCGUGAGUAUCAUUUAUAAUUGAUAAACUAUUUUGUUUUAGUACUGCUUGAGGCCCACAUGCAGAACACAAAAUUUUGUUAUCAAAAUGAUAAAUGUUACUAUGUGGACUCUUUGGCAUUGCUUCCAACAAAAUUUUGUACUUAAAGCUUAACUUAUUAAAAUUGUUGGUUUUACUUUUAUUUUGUAACAUUAAAUUAGCAUACUACAUACGGAAAGACCAAUAUUUUUAAAGAUAGUAAUAUAGAUAUCAUUUAUGACAUAAAUAUUUUAUAUUGCUUCUUUUUUUAGGUUACUGGUAAGCAUAGUACUGAUUGCAUCCAUAUUUCAGUACUUACCACAAAGUUCCUGAAAGGACAGUACAUUUCUGCAAAUUAAAUUUGUGCACUCAUUAGGUGCCAGUUGUUUAAAUAAAUCUCAUUAAUUCAUACAACAAUCUUGGAUAUUAUACACUUUAUGGAUUAGAAAAUUGAGCUUAGAGAAAGUAAGCAACUUGCCCAUGUCUUACACCUAAAAACUAGUAGUGCUAGGAUUUAAACCCACAGGUGUAUGUGUGUGCGUGUUUUUGUGUGCGCUCUUAUUGCAGCAUGUUGCUUUCCUAGAAAACAAAAAUUUCAAAACUAUAUUUCAUUGAAAUGUUUCCUCAGUCAUUCAGUAAUCCCUUUUUUCAUUGCUUCAUAGCAAUCUUAUAGUAUUCUCAAAUUAUUACCCCAGCAGAAAACUCUUUUUUUAUACUGUUCCAUUCAAGACUGGUCAUCGGGGAGUCCCAGCCAUCUUCAUCUGCAUCAAUCCUUUCUAGCACUCUGUCCUAAUUAUGUGAUACUGAGCCAGCUACUUAAUUUAUUUCAACCUCGAUUUCUUCAUUUGUAAAGGGGAUAAUAUUGUGAUGAGAAAAGAGAUAACAUGUUGCUAAGGACUUAUUUUAUGCCUUAAGGACUUACUAAUAAUUGAUUAAGCUCAAUAAAUGAUAAAUGAAUGGA